AACAACAGCCAGUGGAGACAAAAAGAACUGCUUUUCCCUUCUUCCCUCUCCAAGCUCCUAGUGGAGAGCUGAGCCCAGCAUCCCAGACUUGUAUGACUACAUAGGCAAGCUUUUGGAGACUAACUUCACUUUGGUACCCUAGCCUUCAGAGGCUCAAGGUGUUGGCUUUCUGAGCAGACAGGAGGCUUUUAAGUAGCAAAGCUCCCUGCUCUCAGCAAGCCCAACACCAUGGGGAAGGGAGACACCUUGGGAGCACCAUCUACCUCAGCCUACCGCUCUGUCAUGGAGGAAUAUGGUUACGAAGUGGGCAAAGUCAUUGGCAAUGGCUCCUAUGGGACGGUGUAUGAGGCUUACUACACAAAGCAGAAAGUCAUGGUGGCUGUCAAGAUCAUCUCAAAGAAGAAGGCCUCUGAGGACUAUCUUAACAAGUUCUUGCCCCGUGAGAUACAGGUAAUGAAGGUCCUGCGGCACAAGUAUCUCAUCAACUUCUAUCAGGCCAUCGAAACCACAUCCCGAGUGUACAUUAUUCUGGAGCUGGUUCAGGGUGGUGACGUCCUUGAGUGGAUCCAGCACUAUGGGGCCUGCUCUGAGCCCCUUGCUGGCAAGUGGUUCUCCCAGAUGACCCUGGGCAUCGCCUACCUGCACAGCAAGGGCAUCGUGCACCGGGACUUAAAGUUGGAGAACCUGUUGCUGGACAAGCGGAAGAACGUGAAGAUAACGGACUUUGGCUUCGCCAAGAUGGUGCCUUCUAGCCAGUCUGUGUGGAGUAGCCCUUCUUACCACCAAGGGAACUGCUUUAGCCACCUCAGCCAGACCUACUGUGGCAGCUUUGCUUAUGCCUGCCCGGAGGUCUUGCUAGGCCUGCCCUACAACCCUUUCCUGUCUGACACCUGGAGCAUGGGCGUCAUCCUCUACACGCUGGUGGUUGCCCGUCUGCCCUUCGAUGACACCAAUCUCAAGAAACUGCUGAGAGAGACUCAGAAGGAGGUCACUUUUCCACCUGACUAUGCCAUCUCCCAGGAGUGCAAGAACCUGGUCCUCCAGACACUACGCCAAGCCACCAAGCGUGCCACCAUCCUGGACAUCAUCAAGGAUCCCUGGGUGCUCAAGUUCCAGCCUGAGCAACCCACCCAUGAGAUCAGGCUGCUUGAGGCCAUGUGCCAGCCCCCCAGCGCCAAUCGUCACCAAUCCUUGGAAAUCAGUACCUGAAAACAGCGGAAGGAGGAGGAGGUUGAAAGAGGAGCAAAGCAGGAGGGUCUUGGGCUAAAAAUCUUUCCCACCAAAAAUAAAUCUAAUUCUGUUUUAGUUUCAUCA